AUGUUCUGUUCCGCAGAGAAAAUCAAGGACUUCCUGGAAAAUUACAUGUCCAUGACCGACGAUGGCACUACCAUCCCGCACUUCGUCGAAACGCUUCGCAAACUCGCACACCGUGAACAAGCGACGAUAGAGGUCAACGUAGAGGACAUUGAGAAGUUCGACAGAGAGUUGGCUGAAGAUGUGCUCGCCAACACUCGGCGAUACCAGGCGCUCUUCAGCGAUACUGUCUUCGAUCUGCUUCCAAAUUACAAAGAGCAUGAUGUCCACGCGAAGGAUGCAUUGGAUGUGUUCAUUGAACAUCGUCUUCUUGUUGAGAAAAGGGCUCGUGAACUCCGGGAAGUCGAUGGUGGUGUUGACAGCCGUGUACGUUAUCCUCCGGAGUUGAUGCGACGAUAUGAAUUGGUAUUCCGGCUUGGAGCCUCCUCAAAGCAUUGCAGCAUCCGCGAAGUGAAAGCCAAACAUAUCGGAAAACUAGUUGCUGUCAAGGGCAUCGUUACUCGUGCGACUGAUGUCAGGCCAUUGAUGCAAGUUGCGACUUAUUCUUGCGACCAGUGCGGUGCUGAGACUUACCAACCCGUCAACUCUUUGAGCUUCACUCCGCUUGCAUUGUGUCCGAGUGAAGAAUGCCGCAUCAACAAGGCUGGUGGAAAGCUUUACCUUCAAAGCAGAGGCUCUAAGUUCAUCAAGUUUCAAGAGCUGAAGAUUCAAGAGCAUAGCGACCAAGUUCCGACGGGAGAUGUUCCGAGAACACUUUCAGUGAUGUGCCGAGGUGAACUGACUCGUUUGGCGCAACCAGGAGACCACGUUUCCAUCACUGGGAUAUUUCUUCCUUUGGCACAAGCUGGGUUUCGAGGCAUGACCCAAGGCCUGAUGACCGACACUUAUCUUGAAGCUCAUCGCAUCGUUCGUUUGAACAAGACUGAGGACGAGGAACUCGAUUUGGGCGAACUCAGCCAGGAAGAGAUAAAUUUGGUGAAAGACGGAAACUUCUACGACAAGAUCGCUUCUUCGAUCGCGCCCGAGAUUUACGGUCACACUGACGUGAAGAAAGCAUUAUUGCUCUUGUUGGUUGGAGGAUCCGAUCGUGAAGCCCCUGGUGGAAUGAAGAUCCGUGGCAACGUGAACGUGUGUCUCAUGGGGGAUCCCGGAGUGGCGAAAUCUCAGCUUCUGGCGUAUGUUAAUCGUCUCACUCCUCGCGGAGUCUACACGACUGGACGAGGAUCCUCCGGAGUGAGU